AUGCUCCCAAGGAACUACACAAGUGUGUCAGAGUUUGUGAUCGUGGGCUUCCCGGGGCUCCAUCCAUCCUUCAACCAGCUGGUGGCCUGGUUCUUCUUCUUCAUCUAUGUGAUCACGGUGGUGGGGAACAUCCUGCUGGUGGUGCUGUUUGCCCUGGAGCGCAGCCUGCAGAAACCCAUGUACAUCAUCAUGCUCAGCCUGGCACUGUCAGAUAUAGGCUUCUGCACGGUGGCCCUUCCCAAAGUGAUAGCUCGGUACUGGUGGGACGACGCUGGCAUCUCUUUCUAUCUGUGUCUGAUACAGAAACAAUUCAUCCACUACUUUGGAGCGCUCACCUCUCUCAUCAUGAUGACCAUGGCUAUGGACAAAUACCUAGCUAUCUGCUUCCCUCUCAGGUACACUGAGCUGAUGACCAACAGGACCAUGUCUCUCCUAACAGCCCUGUCCUGGGUGUCAGCCAUGAUAUCUCCAGCCAUCACCACCAUCCAGUCAUCCCAACUGCCUUUCUGUGGGCCCAACCGCAUCAUCCACUGCUACUGCGACACCACAUCUCUCAACCAGCUGUCGUGUGCUGACAUCUCGUCCCAGAGCAGAGUAUCCUUCUCACUAGCCAUGGUCGUCCUCUUCCUCCCCUUUGGCUUCAUCGUCUUCUCCUACGUCAACAUCAUCGUCACCGUGAUGCGCAUGGCUAACACACAGGGCAGGCUGAAGACCUUCUCUACCUGUGUUACUCAGGGCUGUAUCAUCCUUAUUUACUACAUCCCCCGCUUCAUAGUGAACGCUACACCCUACAUCCCCAACCUGACCACAACCCCUGACCUCCGCAUCAGCCUCGCCAUUUUCUCCAGUCUGCUGCCGCCCCUCCUCAACCCCUUCAUCUACUGCCUCCGUACCAAGGAGAUCAAGGCUUCCCUGGCCAAGUGGGCCAACAGAGGGCAGUCCAACGCACAUCACAAACCCUCCAUCCACCCCAUAGCCUGCUUCAACGGCCGUGCCCCAUCAGAACGGCCGUACCCCAUCAGAACGGCCGUGCCCCAUCAGAACGGCCGUGCCCCAUCAGAACGGCCGUGCCCCAUCAGAACGGCCGUGCCCCAUCAGAACGGCCGUGCCCCAUCAGAACGGCCGUGCCCCAUCAGAACGGCCGUGCCCCAUCAGAACUGCCGUGCCCCAUCAGAACUGCCGUGCCCCAUCAGAACUGCCGUGGAGGACAGUAUGUUAAAAGUGAAUGGAAACUACACGCGUGUCUCAGAGUUUGUUAUUGUGGGCUUCCCGGGGCUCCAUCCAUCCUUCAACCAGCUGGUGGCCUGGUUCUUCUUCUUCAUCUAUGUGACCACGGUGGUGGGGAACAUCCUGCUGGUGGUGCUGUUUGCCCUGGAGCGCAGCCUGCAGAAACCCAUGUACAUCAUCAUGGUCAGCCUGGCACUGUCAGAUAUAGGCUUCUGCACGGUGGCCCUUCCCAAAGUGAUAGCUCGGUACUGGUGGGACGACGCUGGCAUCUCUUUCUAUACGUGUCUGAUACAGAAACAAUUCAUCCACUACUUUGGAACACUCACCUCUCUCAUCAUGAUGACCAUGGCUAUGGACAAAUACCUGGCUAUCUGCUUCCCUCUCAGGUACACUGAGCUGAUGACCAACAGGACCAUGUCUCUCCUAACAGCCCUGUCCUGGGUGUCAGCCAUGAUAGUUCCAGGCGUCACCACCAUCCAGUCAUCCCAGAUGCCUUUCUGUGGGCCCAACCGCAUCAUCCACUGCUACUGCGACACCACAUCUCUCAACCAGCUGUCGUGUGCUGACAUCUCGUCCCAGAGCAGAGUAUCCGUCUCACUAGCCAUGUUCGUCCUCCUCCUCCCCUUCAGCUUCAUCAUCUUCUCCUAUGUCAACAUCAUCGUCACGGUGAUGCGCAUGGCUAACACACAGAGUCGGUGGAAGACCUUCUCCACCUGUAGUUCCCAGCUGUGUAUCAUCUCUCUGUACUACGUCCCCCGGUGCUGUGUCUAUACCAGCAGCAUCCUCAACUUCUCCAUCAGCCAGGAUUUUUGUUGUUGCCUAAUCUUAUUCUACAGUCUGCUGCCGCCCCUCCUCAACCCCUUCAUCUACUGCCUCCGUACCAAGGAGAUCAAGGCUUCCCUGGCCAAGUGGGCCAACAGAGGGCAGGCCAACGCACAUCACAAACCCUCCAUCCACCCCAUAGCCUGCUGA